GGGGUGUGACUUACAGUUUAUAUCCAGAUUUUUAUUCAGUGGGAGGGUCUACCCUGCCACAUAAAGAGGAGUAUAUCUGUGGUUCAAGGAAGUGAAAGACAUAUGACUGCAAGCUGGUGAAUCAUUUCAUUUGCAGAAGAUGUUGAGAGUAACUCUCUGCUUGUUUGUGGGAGCGUUUGUGUGGCCGUUUGCGUCCUGCUCAAUCACAUGCCCUGAUGGAAAUGUGUGUUCAGAAACCUCCACCUGCUGUUUGACUCGGGAUGGAUAUAGCUGCUGUCCAUAUCCAAAAGCUGUGUGCUGCUCUGACUUGGCCCACUGCUGCCCUUCAGGAUUUAGUUGUAACCUGUUGACCCAGCAUUGUGAGAAAAAAGACCAGCCGUGGAUGAACAUACCCAUGGUGAAGAAGGAGGCUGCAGAGGAACCAAACCCUCCUGCUCCAUCUGUAUCUCCACUUGAGGAGCUCAAAAACAAUCAGAAGAGUUCAGUUGUCCACUGCGACAACUAUUAUGUCUGUCCCGAUGGCACCACCUGCUGCAGACACCCAAAAGGCGGCUUUUUCUGUUGCUUAUACUCUCCUGGCAGAUGUUGUCUUGAUGGCUUCCACUGCUGUCCAUAUGGCUACGACUGUGACCACACUUACACACACUGUAUAAGACAAGGCCUGAGAUAUCCUUUCAUCCCCAAAGAAACUCCAUCUUCUGUUCCUGCAGCUCUCAUUUCAACUUCAAAGGACAGAAGCAGCUUGCAAGAGCGGACACCAAUGACAGCUCUAACAGCAGCCAGUAGCAGCAACCUUGAGGCUGGAGUCAUUCGCUGUGAUUACAAGUUUUACUGUCCAGCGGGGUCAACUUGCUGCAAAGGAUCCAAAGGCCAGUGGAACUGCUGUCCCUACCCCCUGGGCCAGUGUUGCUCAGACGGUCAGCACUGCUGUGAGUAUGGAUAUAACUGCGAUGCCACUUCCAAGUCAUGCAAAAGGGGGUACAUUCAGUUCCCCUCAAGAACACAGGAACGUGCCAAAACAGACUGAGGAUAUGUUCUAAAGUGUGUGCACUGUAACGGCUUUUGUAAUUUUGAUACAGAUAUGGACAACAAUACAUCUGCACCACAAUAGAGAAAAUUUACACAAAUCACUGCAUUUUAUUUUGGAUUAAGGGCACUAUACAUUAUUUGUUUUCACAAGGGAUGGGAUCUCAGCUUUCAUUUUCAGUAACCUGCUUAGCAACAUUUCCCUUUGUAUGUACUGGAGUAAUUGCAGUAUAUUAAAAAUGUUUUGUAGAAUGAUGUUUUCCUAAUGAAAUAGAAAAUGUAAUUAACUAAAUAACUUACAAACAGAACAUUUUAAAUAAAAAAAUAUGAAAAUUUA